UAAAUAUAUUUUUACUUGUAUGAACUAAUGCUUGAUCUUGAACAGCUCUUGUGUAGCUGCAUGAUUCAAUCACGGGAGGGAUAGUUUCAAUCUGGGUUAUUGGUUUUAAUUUCCAACAUGGUCACUGUCAGAUUCCAUAACCAUAUAAUAUCUUUAAAUUUCGGUGUCUUUGUUUUUAUCUGAUGUCUUGUUCCGUUUACUGCCCCCUUUGCUUCUCCGGUAGAUCUGUUAUGCGGGGUGUGUUCCAUUCACUGGUUUAUUCAUGCUUCAAAUCUCACUCCUUUAAGGUCAGAUCGUCACAUUUUCAUAUUUCCCUUUUGCUCGGCCGGUAAAUAUACUGUUUUUUUUUCAAUCAUAAUUAUCUAAGAAAGACUUGGGUUUGCGUCAAUUUUAGCUUCGAAGUUGCCCAUUUUUAUGAUGCUAAGUCACCGGAAUAUUGAUGGGGUGGUGAAGGGGUUUUUAGGUUUUGGUUUGAGUUGAGUUUGUGUUUUGCAUUUGCUUAUGCUGCAGAGUGAUACAAACCUCAUUGUCAAUAGUAUAGUCUUUAGAGGGUUCAUGAGAUAGAGAGGAGAAAUGGGUAAUGGUACUUCUCGUGUUGCUGGUUGCUUUGUGCCGUUUAAUGGCAAAACCAGGGUUGAUUUAGAUCUAGAGCCCUUGGAUGAGGGUUUAGGCCAUUCAUUUUGUUAUGUUAGGCCUUCGAUAUUCGACUCUCCUGCCAUUACUCCAUCGAACUCUGAGAGGUUUACUGUUGAUUCGAGUACUCUCGAUUCUGAGACUUUGAGUGGGUCAUUUAGAAAUGAUACCAUCGAGGAACCUUUGGGACUACAGAGAAUGAAUAAGAGUUUUCUGGAAACCACAUUUAGGACGAUCUCCGGUGCGUCUGUCAGCGCGAAUGUAUCUACGGCUAGAACUGGUAAUCAAAGUGCGAUGUUUGCCAUUGAUGUCCAGGAGCCUGCUGCAUCAUUUGAGAGUACCUCAUCGUUUGCUGCAAUACCUUUGCAGCUGGUUCCUCGUGGUUCCGGUCCUCUCAAUGGGUUUAUGUCUGGUCCCCUUGAGAGGGGGUUUGCUUCAGGGCCCCUAGAUAAGGUAGUUGGUUUUAUGUCUGGACCAAUUGAGAAGGGUAUGAUGUCUGGACCCCUUGAUGCUACUGACAAAUCCAAUUUCUCCGCUCCACUUACACGCAGUCGUAUAAGACCACGUUUCCAGCGUUUGAUGAGAAGUGCUAGUGGGCAGAUGAGAAGGACCUUUUUGAAGCAUUCGAUGGGGUCUGGUUGGAUGCACAGGCUUUUCUUGCACCCAGUGACCGAAAUGGCAUGGCAUGCUAAGGAGACAAAGUUUCGAUCAGAACCCUCUCGAAACUGUUUUGAAGGGGGGCUAUCUGAAGGGGAGUAUGGGAACAGUCGCAACUUGCAGUGGGCUCAUGGAAAGGCUGGUGAAGAUAGGGUUCAUGUUGUGCUUUCUGAAGAGCAAGGAUGGCUGUUUAUCGGGAUAUAUGAUGGUUUUAGUGGUCCUGAUGCUCCUGAUUUUGUAAUGAGAUAUCUUUAUAAAGCCAUAGACAAAGAACUUGAAGGACUCCUUUGGGAUUAUGAUGAACCUGGAAUUGAUCUUUUAAAACCUGAAAUAUCAGAGAGUAAAAAUCAUGAUACUGGUUUAGAGUGCAGCAACGAAGAUCAGGCAAUUUCUUGUUCAGAUCAAGAAGUAUCAUCUAGCGUAGGAAAGCCACUUAAUGGAGAAAAUGACAAGGGUCAAUCUUCUAAUAUUGAAAUAACUGUGGAAAAUGAUGAUGUGAGGGGCAGCAAUGAAAGGAAUGUAUUUAAUUGUAGAAAGUCCAGUUUAGGGGUUGAAUCUGAGUUUGUUCAACAUGCAAACUUAGCUGGUCAAGGCAGGAAGAGCAUGCGACUUUAUGAACUACUUCAGAUGGAAUCAUGGGACGGUCAAGGUUCUUUGUCAACCUCUCAAAUGGAUAGACAAGGAAAGGUCUCUUCUGAUUGCUGUCAUCAGCUUUCAGAUAAUGUAGAAUGCAUCAGUUCAUCAAAUUACAAAGAUGAUGCUUAUAUCAUACAAUGUGAAGAUCCUACUACUUCAGGAGAGGAUACUGGGGUUGGGCUAGAUUUUGAUAAUCAAAGUGCUGCAACUGCUGCUUCCAUGUCAGGCCAAAGACAGAGUACAAGAAAGUCUUUGAUUGGUUCAAAGAUAAGAAAGAUAUAUCAGAAGCAGAAGUCAUUACGAAAGAAGCUUUUUCCUUGGAGACAUGAUUGGCACAGAGAUGAGAUUUGUGUGGAUGAGAGAAUAGUUGAAUCAUCAAGACCUAUUAGGAGGUGCAAGUCAGGAGUUGUGGAUCAUGAUGCUGUGUUGAGAGCAUUGGCUCGAGCGCUAGAAAGUACUGAAGAGGCUUAUAUGGAAAUGGUGCAAAAGGCUCUUGACAUAAACCCAGAGCUUGCUUUGAUGGGAUCAUGUGUACUAGUGAUGUUAAUGAAGGAUCAGGAUGUAUAUGUCAUGAACCUUGGGGACAGCCGUGUGAUCUUGGCACAAGAAAGACCAAAUGAUCGCCAUCCCAACCCAGCUCUUUUGAAGGAUGAUUUAAAGUAUAGAAAUAGAUCAAGAGAGUCACUAUUGUGUAUGGAGCUGGACAUAAUAUCUGAGGAGUCUCCUAUGCAUAGGCAACAUGGGCUAGUCAGCAUGAUAAAUAAGAACAGAGACAUCUCUAUCUGCCAAUUGAAGAUGAAGGCGAUUCAGCUUUCCUCUGACCACAGCACAAGUAUUGAAGAGGAAAUCUUAAGAAUAAAGGCAGAGCAUCCUGAUGACGACAAAGCCGUUUCAAAUGAUAGGGUGAAGGGGCAAUUGAAAGUCACUAGAGCUUUCGGUGCUGGUUUCCUGAAGAAGCCAGCUUGUAAUGAAGCUCUACUAGAGAUGUUUCAGAUCGAUUAUGUGGGAAAUGCUCCUUAUCUUAGCUGCAUCCCCUCUGUUGUUCAUCAUCGACUCUCCUCAAGUGAUCGGUUCUUGGUUCUAUCAUCCGAUGGGCUUUACCAGUAUUUCAGCAAUGAAGAGGUUAUUGCCCAUGUCACAUGGUUCAUGGAUAAUGUUCCCGAAGGUGAUCCUGCACAGUACCUCGUUGCAGAGCUUCUAUUCCGUGCUGCCAAAAAGAAUGGAAUGGAUUUUCACGAAUUGCUCGACAUACCUCAUGGAGAUCGGCGUAAAUAUCACGAUGAUGUUUCGGUUAUGGUUGUUUCAUUGGAGGGAAGAAUUUGGAGGUAUUCUGGAUGAUUUCUUCAUCUCCUUCUUUUGUUCCUUUUUUUUUCUUCUUCACAAUUUCAUAUUGCCUCAACAGUAUAUCGUUUUCAAGGGGUAAAAUCAUUUAUGCAUUUCAGAAAUGAAUGAGAAUCCUGGUCUCACCAUUUCCCUC